AUGCCACACGGAGCUCCCACAGUGAAAUGCAAUGUCCAGUAUCCAGAACACCCAGUUCACAAAUAUCAUCAGGUUGGGGACCUCAUCAUUGGCUGCAUAUCCUCUCAUGGAGUUUUCAUCUCUAUUGCCAAAGAUUUCACAAUAAAACCUCCACCCACAAUGUCUGAAGAGUUCCUAAUGCUUCCAAAGCAUUAUCAACAUAUCCUGGCUUUGUCCUUUGCCAUAAAGAAGAUUAAUGACAAUCCUCAAAUACUUCCCAAUAUCACUUUAGGAUUCCAAAUUUUUGACAAUUACUACAGUGGAAAAUGGACCUAUCAUUCCACUAUGUCCCUUUUGUAUACAUUGGAGAAUUUCUUUCCAAACUAUAGUUGCAAUAUGAAAAAGAAGCUGAUCGCAGUGAUUGGUGGAUUGGAUUCCCUUACUUCUCUUGCUAUGAAGAUUCUCCUGGAGAUCUACAAGAUUCCCCAGCUCACCUACAGUCUCACUUCAGUGAUGAAGGAUCAAUCCUCUGGUCUCCCCUUCUAUCAGAUGGUUCCUAAGGAAGACCUUCAGUAUAAGGGGAUUCUGGCUCUACUUUUGCAUUUCAGAUGGAUAUGGAUUGGAGUGGUAGUUAUGGAUAAUGAGAACGGAGAAAGAUUUGUGCAAACUGUAUUUCCCAUGUUUUCUCAGAAGGGUGUCUGUCUUGCUUUCAUACAAAAAAUCCCUGUUGUAACAUUUAUUAGUGAUUUGUUUGAGAUUCUGCAUAAAGGGAAGAAUAUUUAUGAUGCUUUGAUCAAUAAAAAGGUUACAGUGAUACUAGCCUAUGGUGAAUCUCAUUCCUUGGGAUUGUUUAGAUUUAUAUCUUAUCUAUCAGAUGAAGAUGUAGACAGUAAACCUAGGAAACCCCUAGGAAAAGUAUGGAUUACUACAGCCCAAAUGGAGAUUGCUUCCUUUGGAUUUCAAAGGUAUUGGAAUUUAGAAAUUUUCCAUGGAGCUUUGGGCUUUGCAUUUCAUUCCAAUGAUGUGUCUGGAUUUCAACAGUUUAUUGAGAAUCGAAAUCCUUCCACCACAAAAGAAGAUGGUUUUCUCAAAGGAUUUUGGGAGCAGGUCUUUAACUGUAAAUUUUUAAGUACAUCUAUCCAUCAAGAAGAGGUGAACAUUUGCACUGGCCAGGAGAAACUGGAGAGAAUCCCUGCACUCUUUUUUGAAAUGUCCAUGUCUGGCUAUAGCUAUAGUGUCUACAAUGCUGUCUAUGCUAUAGCCUAUGCUUUACAUGCCAUGUUUGCAUCUGGACUCAGACACAAAACAGUAAUGGACCGUGGACUACAGAUUCAUUCAUUCUGGCAGCUUCCUAAUUUCUUGAGAUAUAUCACAUUUAAUAACAGUAUUGGGGAAAAGAUGGCAUUUGAUCAAGAUGGAAAUUUGGUAGCUGGAUUUGAUGUCAUCAAUUUUAUUUUCUUGGAAAAUCAGACAGUAGUGAAAAUAGGAAGAAUAGAUCCACACUCUCCUCCAAACAAAGUAUUAAUUAUCAAAGAAGAUGCCAUAACAUGGAGCAAUUGGUUUAACCAGUCACAGCCUGUUUCUCUCUGUACCCCAAGCUGUUAUCCAGGAUCUAGUAAACAAGUCAUAGAGGGUAAGCCAUUCUGCUGCUACUCUUGUAACCCAUGUCCAGAAGGAAAAAUUGCAGAAAUUGAGGAUCUGAAUGACUGUUAUGAUUGCACAGAUGAAAAUUAUCCCAACAAAAAGCGAGAUUCAUGCAUUCCUAAAGACAUAAGCUUCUUGUCAUAUAAGGAACCUUUGGGUAUCACUUUAGUCUCUUUUUCUCUUUUCUGUUCCACAAUCACAAUUCUGGUACUAAGAUCAUUUUUGAUACACCACAACACUCCCAUUGUAAAAGCCAGCAACCGGGAUAUCACCUAUAUUCUCCUCAUCACCCUCCUGCUCUGCUUCCUUUGUACAUUGCUAUUCAUUGGUCAGCCCAAUAAGGUGGCAUGUAUUAUCCGACAAACUGGUUUCAGCAUCAUCUUCUCUGUGGCUAUUUCCUGUGUGCUGGCCAAGACUGUGACUGUGGUCCUGGCUUUCAUGGCAACCAAGCCAGGAAGCAGGAUAAGCCAGUGGGUGGGGAAAAGAUUGGGCUAUGCUUUUGUUUUAUUAAGCUUCUUAAUCCAGGUAGGGAUUUGCACUAUAUGGUUGUCCAUCUCUCCUCCUGUUCCAGAUGUUGACCUGCGCUCAGAGCCUGGAAAAAUUGUCCUACAAUGUAAGGAAGGGUCCAUGAUUAUGUUUUACUUUGCAAGGUGUUAUAUGGGCUUUUUGGCUAUGACCAGUUUUAUAGUUGCUUUCUUUGCAAGGAAAUUACCGGAUACUUUUAAUGAAGCCAAGUUCAUCACUUUCAGCAUGUUGAUUUUCUGCAGUGUUUGGCUCUCCUUUGUUCCAACCUACCUGAGCACCAGGGGAAAAUACAUAGUGGCUGUGGAGAUCUUUUCAAUGUUAGCCUCGAGCGCUGGGCUGCUGAUCUGUAUCUUUCUCCCCAAAUGCUACAUUAUUUUUUUGAGACCAGACCUUAAUAAAAUGGAACUAAGAAUAAAGAGAAAUUUCUGA